AUGCUUGAGAAGCAAUUAUCAGUUUUCUUAGCUCGCAAGCUAAGUUGCUACAUUAGUGACUUAAAUGAGGAUCAGAUACGAGUGUCUCUGUGGUCCGGCAAUCUUGUUCUCAAAGAUGUGCACCUGAAGCCGGACAUUCUUGAACAAAUUGCGCUACUUAUUUUGCAGUAUCGGAAACGACAGGAGAAGCAGGGUAAUGAAAUUAAUGAUUCGGACUCCUCUCAUGAUAAUUCCUUUGAAGAGUGUGAUACAGACAAUAUAGAAGACGCAGCAGCAGCUCAGACUCUUCUGAUGCCUUUGAUAGUUGUCAAGGGACUCAUUCGAGAGUUAACUCUUCGUGUUCCAUGGCCUAGACUCGAUCAGGAGCAGGUGAGUAUUGAGGUGAAGGGAGUGGAGUUAGUGCUUGCACCGCUUCGCAGUGGACCAUUUAAUCAUGAAGAAGAAGAAGCACGCCAAAGUGUUAUAUUGCAGGAUCAGCUUAAUCUUUUUGAAAAGGAGCGCGAUGCAGCUAAUAUAACCAUGAUGACAAAGUGUGAAGAGGAUCCUAAAAGCGAUGGGGUACAGCAAAAAAGCACUACCUCUGGUGGUAAACCAAGUAUGUAUGCAAAUACAAAAAAACCUCGAAGUCCUAGCGAUAUUUCGUCCAUUUUCAAUUUACAUAAAGAAUCAACUGCUGUGAAGUAUGUAGAAAAGAUCAUGCAAUCCUUUUUUGCGAAUGCACACUUAUCGAUUUGCUGCGUUUCGAUACAGUAUAUCUUUGACUACCCUGGUCUUCAGCCAAAGCUUGCAGCUUCGCUGUCGAUUUUUAUCGAUGAGAUUUCUGCAACCCCCACAGGGGAACCUCUUGGUGAGUACCUUACCGAUGAAUUCUCUACGCUGCGAUCCAGGGCGGUGACGGUGAAGGAUCUCCGCAUUGCGGUGCACAAGACCCGAACCUCGAAGCCCAAACUCACCACAUUACAGAAGGUAGGAGCAUUAGCAGCGACGGAAUCCUGCUCUGCAAAACUUGCGUCGUUGAAGCAUCCAAUGACAGAAAAAGAAAAGGGCGAUAAUGAUGAAAUAGGUUCUUUCAACAUUCAGAAGUGCUUUCAGUGCGUUAGUGAGGAAUGGGAACACACCGAAGUGUUAUUAGAGUUUAGUGACGCCCUUUUGAAUAUUAAGGUAGGCUCUGAUGACGGCGUAAAAUUACCAAAUUCCAAAAAAAAUACUCAAGAGAAAAAUUCGAAGAACCCACGUGUGGCUUGCACGUAUGAUUCCUCAUCUAGGGCACGAACUGUUCUGGAAGUAAUCUUUGGAUCUUUGGUUCGAUCCCAGGUCUCCUUCGGCGCUUUGUUGGCAUUGAAGACACUAGUGUGCUCUUUUAAGCAUGGCCUUGUUGGAGCCCCUCACCGCAAAUAUUUGUAUUUGUUGGAUAACAAUGCUGAUUCUAAGCUUGUAACUUUCAUAGGACAGCGACGGUGGGCCUUUGUGUUAGCUUGUGUACGAAAUGUGAUACAAAAACAAAAGCAACGUUUACCCAGUAGUGGUAACGAAACUAGAAGCGUAUUGGAGGCCAUGAUGGAUUUCUGUAAAGUUAGACGCUCGUACUGCGAAUUAUUCAAACGACAGGACAGGGUGUCUUGGCUGCCCCCUUUGGAUCCUCAGGAACGCGAUGAACUUGGCAGAUUAGAACGCCAACUUACUAUUGAGCAGAUUCUUUUUCUGCGUUGUUUAUCUCGUGCAGAGUUAGGAAUGGAGGCGGAACUACACAAGCUUCAGAAGCAAUUGAUCGCGUCUGCAGCAGCCCUCCGAACAAAAACGCCGAUUUCCUCAGGUCGUUCCGUUACAGCAGAAGAUCCAAUGACGGAAAAAACAUCCAGAAAGGGCCUUUUGGGUUGGAUUCGUUGGGGCAGAAACGAAGAGAGUCAACCAACUAUCUCAAGGUUCUCAUCGACGGACACCACGCAGCCUUCGGCGCUGACAAAGGACACUAAACUAUCGACUUCUAUGCAUACCCCCAAUCCCCAGUCAAAUAAUCAUAAAGCUCUUCUUCUUCAGAUAUUUCAUGCAGAGUGGAGCGUUGCGAGGCGAUAUCUUGCCCACCUCGGCACUCCUGAUCUUAAGCCGCGAUACAGAACGCUAUACUUUUCUGAACUUUUUAGUUCUCAGCCCACGUUGACUGCAAAAAAAAGUACCGUGACUUGCAAAGCGCAAUCUUCUGGGCUAAGCCUUCUCAUGCUCGUUCGGUGUAAUACGCUCGAGGUGUCGUUUGUUCCGCGUUACUGGGUGUUAGAUCGAAGUGAUAUUCCAACAACAAACUUCUUUGCACAUUUAGAUCAAAAGCUUCAUGUACGUCUAAACAACGUUGAAUGGUUUUUGAAUACAGUUCAGGAGCCGCAAGACGAUCGAUCGGGUCUUUCUAUCUUCGUUAAAUCGUUUUCAGCCGGUUUCAGUGGAACCUUUAAUACACCUUUGCUACUGUCAAGCGAGAGAGACUUCCCGAAGAAAGAAGAAAAUGAAGACUUUUUGGUUGUCAAACGAAAUGCAACGUGCACCCGCAUGACCGUAAUGGUGUCGCCUUUUUUGAUGAUAGUUAGACCUACGCAUGAAAUGCUAUGGUGGUCGAAUGAAAUUUUUCAAUUCUGGAGUGUUUUGAGCCAAUCUUAUAUGCGCACCACUUUCUCGACGUCGUUGUCAGCUCCGCAGGCAGACCCUCCAAGAGACACUGCAACUGACAUUUGCACUGAGGAAUCGCCCGUCGAUCCAUUCAUUCCAAUAAAACCAUUCCCACUUUUGAGUGUAUCUCUAGCCAGCUUCGACGUUCUAGUUCCACUUUUCCUCAAUGAUUGCACUUCAGCUGGGCCGAAUUUAAAGGAUAGCAUAAGCUGCAACACGUAUCCACUGUCAUCGGAAUUGGAAUCGCACCAGGCAUACACGAUACCGGAAUCCAAUAUAUUUACACAACCUCCUCACAGCAUCACUGAGAUCGAACCGGAAGUUGGAUCUUAUUUUGAACCCGAUACAAAGUUAUUUUCCGGUCUUGUGGGGGUUGUGCAAAGCGAUCAAGGCCUCGGAAACGAAUUUUCAAGUCCCUCAUUCAACUAUAUUGCAGAUCAAAGCCAAUUCUUUGAUGAACCUUAUCUGGUGCUUUCCAUACCCUGCGUUACUAUAAAAACAGUAAGAGGCCCACAAAAACGCUACAAAGGACAAGAAGAUGAAAUUGGAAUUUCAAUCGGUGAGAAACUCCGCGGCGUUCGGCUUUAUUGCCAGCCGGGUAACAUGAGGCACCAACGCCUAUCGCCGAAAAGCACGCUGGAGAUCUUGUCUGUUGCCAGUAUUUGCAUCCUUGUAAAUCCUUCCGAAGUAUCAAUAGGUCUGUACAACGGGGCCGAAGUGAGCAUUGAACCAUAUGUGAUAGCUCUUCUCAAUGAUCUCUUGCUGAGACCAUGUAUUCUUUACGACUCUCAGCAUCAAUCGAAGACCGAAUCUAUUAUUUAUACUCUUCACAAGGAGUGGAAUGAAAGCUCGAAUCCAGAGGGAGUCCUCUGGCAUUUUGCGUCCCCGGAGAGGCUUUGUCUAAAUAAAAAUGGCACAACGAAAAUAACUGUACCACCGCAUCACGGUCGAGAGUAUGCCACGUUGCUGUAUCGAUGGAUGACAGAGCACCAUGUUGCACCCACAUAUCAAAAGGUUGGAAAGAGCAUGCGGGUGCAGGCCAAUGACACUUUGAGAACCAAUACUCGACCAGCGUCCUGCCGUAGUAAGCGCACCUAUUCUUUCUGUAUUGAGUUUACUCGUGUGUUCCUGCGAAGCUUCUCUCAUGAGGAUGUUGUCGUGGUGGAGCUGAUGCGUCCAGUCGAGAUCCCAGAAGCCUUUCCGGAGUAUCGGCACUUCUUUGAGAACUUUUCCAAGGAAGCACACGCCUUGGAAAUGAUGGUGAGUCCAACAGAUUGCACCUGUUUUGGGUCGCUUGCGGAUGUCACCAUUACUAACGGAGCCGAUAAAUCUUUGUCUACCAUACAGUCUCUUUACGUGAUUUUUUCUCCUGAAAGCAAGGCUUUAGUGUAUGUGAAUCAUCUGUCAUUUUAUCUUCGGGAGGAGUUCUUAGAGGGCAUUGAAUUAAUCUUGGCAGCAGCAAAAACCUUUGAUCUGUCGACAUGCCUACGGCCUCAACAAACGUCACAAUUGUUGCCAAAUGCAGCCUCGUCAGAUUUCCAUGUUUCAUCUGGUCUUCUGGACAUGUCUUGGAGGGUGGAAUUCAACACGCUGUUAGUAGAACUGCCCUACAGCAAGCUAAUGGACUAUCCAUACCGAGCCUUUUCUGUCAUUCACAAAGAUUUUCAGAUUAAUUACAGUGCGGAUGGCCAGGUGGCUCAUAUAAAUUUGACUGGGUAUAUCACCAAAGCGCUCCGAAUUGAGGAAGAUGUGGCCUUUGAGGAAGUAAAUGCACCCUUUGUUGUCUUGGGCCCAAGCAUUGGUCUCUCUGGUUUCUCUGAAGAAUUGCAUUACGUAAUGUCACUACGAUGGCCUUUACUGCAAACGCUUGCCGUCGACACUGGGGGUCCAGAAUGCAGCCUUAACGUCAGUGGCGGACAUAUUGCGCUCUACAUUCCCUUUCUUAUGCAAAGCCUGGAUUCAGCGAGCAAUUCUUUUUACACCAAGUUCUUCAACCUUGGGCAGUCCUCUGUGGUGCGGUGCGGUUUGUCUCUAUCUCCAAAUCGAUGGCCCACAUCCACUGGCGUUGAGAGUCAUGCCACGGAUGACACCGCCAAACCGAAGAUUGCGUGGCAUUCCAUACAAUUUUGCGUCAUUGUCUCUGAAAUGGACGUCUUAUUGGCCUCUAAUUCUAAUUUACCAAUUGACAUAUCAGAUGAAAGCACCUACUUUUAUCUGCAUCUCGGGGAGCUCUGUGUGUAUAGCACUGGUUUCAGUGCUCGAAACGAGUCUUGCCCCUCAUUUAACUCCUCAACGUCUGGUACUAUGAGCAAGUUGCCAGGGAGCAUCUCGAUGGAUAUUAAAAAAAUAUUGUACUCUCCCUUUAGCGGACAGCUAUUGUCCCCACUCUUGAUGGAGGUGGGUCUAGUUCUUACGUUCCAAGCGUUGUUGGAGCUGAAAGAAGAUUUAACUGGGUACGAAUACACAGUUUUUAAUAAAGGCACUUAUUUUACUCUGCUUAUUGAUGUGCAUCCUGUAGAUUUAAUAACACGGCAGAAAACUAUGCGCAGUGAUAACCAGCCAUAUUUAUCAAACUGUGCUGCUGAUAUCGACGUUAUUAUGUCGGCAGAUCGCAUAAAAACGCUUUUCAAUGUGAUAAAAUUCAACCUUAUGAUGUCCUCAUUUUCUAAUACGAAUGGAGGAUCAACAGGUGGCAUAGCUAGUAGAUGUCAAUCAAACUCGUUAUUCCAAACAUCCGGAUUUUCCCUUUCACAGUCUGAGAUCCCUCAGCACGAUAUACCUCGCGCAAGUUUAUAUUCACCUCGAGUGUUUUCAUCAUCGGCAAUCCCAUCGUCGGGGUUUGCCAUUGUGCUGAUGAUGUCGUCCCUGCGUUUGGGUGUUGUCACGGAAGACCAGCAGCUAAUUUGUCUCAAAGUUCUGAGCGGGAUUCAGAACUACUGUGCACGAGGAGGAAAAUGGUCUCAGCACGUAGUUGUAAACCUUCAGAUUCGUGAUUUAAUUAUAGAUGCCGUGGAAUACGAGAUGACAUCAUUGGAAACGCGCGAUGCCGCACACACACCUUGCCUCGCAGAAGAAACACAAAAGGGGAGGGGGAGAGGUGACGCUAUCACAGGCUCAGCACAGUCUUCACUGGACGCAAGGCCUCUACUAGAAGUCCGUCUCAUGGGGGCAACAAUGGUAUUAGCAGAAAAUAUAUUGCCGUGUUGUGGCCAACAGUCUUUUCCAUUCCAUGUUGAAGUAUUGACAGAGGAUACUACUGUUUAUACUGAGCUAGAUUUGUGGCUUAUUCUAAUAAACCUGCUUUCAGACUUUGUCACUAAGCAACCAUCACAGACGAAUGCACUUGGUAAUCAAACGGUGUUGAGUAAAUAUAGACCCCAACAUAUUAGUGAAAACGUAUCUUGUUCUGGAUCCGAAGCAGUGAUGCUCAACUUUCCCCUGCAUAGCAAAUGCCGAUCGCAAUUCUCAUUGUCCUCAACAAUGGUGCUAAGUUCCUUAUUGGGCACAGCUGUUACGCAUUCGGAGUUGAAGCUGAGCCUUAAAAAUACUAAAGUGCUGCUUAAAGAACCAUGGGAGGAAACACUGGCACUCUUUGUGUUACCUAGAUGCUCUAUUUGCAUGACUCAAUUGUGUGGUAGUAUCGUGCGAAUCGAUGCUGUAGCUGCCGAAUCGCCAUCUUUUCUAGUAAAUAUGAACCAAACCAAAAAGACGCAAAGUGGCAACGCCCAUUCGGCGUCUUUAACACCAGUGUUGUAUUGGAACACCCCCAUAAGUCCUGCUGUCGAGAUGCCUGUUGACAUGACGGAGUCAUUUAUCAGCUUUAGCGCCACACUGAAUCGUGGCAAGAGGGAAUAUCAAUGUCUCGAUGAACCAUCUCACGGACUACCCACAUUCAAAAUUAAACAUAGUAUAGAUAUAAAAACACAUGACUUACAUAUUUGCUAUGAUCUUGUUAUUUUGUCUCGACUUAUGCACUUUGGGUCGGAGAAGUUGAUUCCCGCUUUUCAGGAAAGUGUUCGGAUGUUUACCUCCAGAUCACAUGAGCCGGGUUCUAUCAACCCAUCGGUCACAACGCCAGAAAUUGGUGCAAGCAAUGCCAGCUGUUCUCCUCCUAUAUUUAGGACAGUUUCAUGUGAGAUACUUCUCCAUCGCAUCGUGGUGCACUUUCCCUUUGGCUCAAAUAGCAUGGAAAAAGGUAGUAAUAAACAAUGGGAACUUCACAUAAACCACCUAUCGGCUAUGACGGCUGUAGAUAUUUCAAAAAUUGAUUUCACUAUGGAAUCUUGUCUAUUGCUAUCAACAGCUGCUAAAAAAAGUUACAUGCUUUAUCAUGUGAUAAAGGUGAACACGAAUAAUGUGGAGCUUCACUGCGAUACCCUUUAUCCUAUUCUACUUCCAUCUUUCAGCGUUGAUGCACGUAUUCCAAUUUCUUACGGCAUUUUCUUCGAUAAGUUGGAUGAAACAACCGAAACAAGCACAAGUGAAAGUAGUGAUACAAUGCCUGUUUGUGAUUCCAGACUUCGUUGGCUGCCUUUGAGCUCAGUGGCAAAUCCUGAAGCUUAUAUCGCGGAUAUUUUUGUAAAAACUACACCCGCUAGCCAUGUGUUUGUGUCUCCUAAUCACAUCCACGAUGGGAUUCAAAUCAUAUCAACUCUCAUGAAGAUGCAAGCCCACGCCGCGACUAUCAAUUGUGACGCUACCGAGGGUAGCUAUUCUGUCAUUACGCAGACAAAUCGUAGCAAAGCGGAUAUAUCAUUUACAAAAAAUUCACUAACAAACUGCGCUACGUGUCAUGAAUGUAUGCCUUUUCGACUGAAGGUCGAAAUUGUUGAUUUGAUGCUCGACAUCACGAGUGUUGGCACACUUUCCGGCUGCAUCUCCCUACUUUCGGGAGCCAAAAUGCUGGCUGAUGUGGUCUCUCUGAAAAGUCUUGCAAGGCUUCAUAUAGUUGAUCCUCUUAUUCUGUGUUUUGAUCAGAAUCCUUACAGUGAAACCGUUUGCAUGCAACUCUCAUUAAUGGGACACUUUGUUGUAAUGGAUGGAAACGGCACACGGAUUCUAUUUCAUAAAAAAAAUCUUGAAACUUUUCCCACGGCAAAACAAGGGCUCACCCCGAUGCAUGGAUCCUCAAGUCCACGGACGAUCGAAUUCACGUCGUCCAUUGACUGCUAUACUCAGUGUAUCUCCUCUGAACUGAGCAUCUCGUGUGUGUGGCUCAAUUUGUCCCCUGUGACAUACGAAUUUGCUCUUUGCAUGAGUCAAUUAGUUUGGUGCCUCUUGACUGGGUCUGAUGGCGUUGGCAAUACGAUCAGUACGGGUAUCCUUAAUUAUACAAAUCCACAGUCCUCACCAUCAAGCCUUGUCGACCCUCCGUGCUAUCCACAAAGAGCCCGGAUGUCAUUGUCGAUCAAGGUUGACAGCUUUGGUCUAUGCAUUGAAAACGUAGCUAUGCUUCUGUUGCGCUCUAUUUAUACGGAUGCAUCGACACUACAGUUGAUCUAUUCCCGUUUGACGAGAUCAGCGAAUAACAAUAUAGAAAGCCAAGCUCAGCUUGAGAAUUCAUGUGACAUUUUAGUUGGGGAAAUGUUGCUCUUACAAGAUGGAGAAUCUAAGUUUGAGUUUCUGCACGUAAAAUCGACUGAAAUUCAAGUUUGGCCAGACCGCAUUAAUAUUAUGAAUAACCAUCUGGAUCUAAAUAACUACAGCGUACCUUUCUUGAUAGAGCUAAUGGAGCAUAUUGUAUUCCUUACAACUUACGUUUUGAAAAAGUUAAGUGCAUCCCAUAGGUCCUCUCAGAACCAGUUCGGGCCCGAUCUUUACUUAAACUUUGUUUCUUUCUGUGUAUGCUUUCAUUGUUUGAAUAGCCCACUCCCAUCUGAAAAUUAUGUUGAAACUUAUUUUCCAAAUAUAACAUUCACAUACGUGAAUAACACGCUCAGGCGACGGUUUAAUUUAGAAGUCGAAGAUGGGGUAUUAUCCUGGGUAUUUCACCCAGCUCAAUCGCAUUUUUCCUCAGAAUUUACCGCACCAAGGAUCCUUGCGACAGAAUCGCUAGUGUUAGUUACCCCUAUAAAAGCAUCACUACUUAUAGAGGAUGACAAGGUUAGACUAUCCCGAGUUCUGGACCUAUGUGUCUUUGAUAUGGAAUGCGUUUUACCAGUCGGGAGCACGCUCCAACUCUGCAUGGGAGCGAUAGCGCAGUUUGUGUCGCCUUUAGUUUUAUCUCUUUCGAGUGCACAAGCCUCUGAAACAUCACAGGCGUGUCGUGCAACCCUGUUCAACUCAAAGAAUAGAUCUGAAGUACCAAAUUCUGAACAACAUAAGGCUUACACAUUUAGUGGUGUCAAUGAUAGCGCUAUUCAUUCUAUCAGCACACCAAGUGAAAGACAUACAAGUCACCCGAUUGUAUUCAGAACUGAACAGUAUACAUUCCGUAUCCAAGCAAUUAAUGUCCACGUGAAGAGUGUUAACACUAAGAAUGGAGUGGCAUAUUUCACGCUAAAGGUCCCGUUGAUAGCGAAUUCACAUACACUUUUGAGCGUCUGUUUCCAAAAUAUUGAGUGGGUGCAUUCAACGAACUUUGAUCAUGGCGAUACUUUGCGUUUUCAGAUUGGGGCGAUUUCCAGCACGGUUCACCUCGACCUACAAGAUAACUUCAUCAUGGCUCAGACAACUCAUCAAGAGUCAUUUUCAUAUGCAGAUUCUAUGGCUGCCUUAUAUAUUUGUAAACAAGCAGCCCCUUCAUCCAUUAACCAGAUUCAAACGUCUUCCGUUCUGUGUUAUGCACAGGACUUCAAACUUGCGGUAUCCACAAAUUUACUUUCUUUCCUUAACAACGAAGUGCUGGCCCAUCUUGCAAUGGGUAUGUCCCGCAUACGUGAUGCAUCAAGUGAGUGGGAAGCCCACAGACACAGCACCCAAAAAGCAUUUUCAGCUUGCAAGGACAGCAGUAGCCACGCCACCCAUAACAUUGAUGGUAGUGAGGAUAGUGUCAUUUCUAUUUACACUGAUAUGUACCUCCGUCAAGAUGUGUGUAUUGGUGGGCGUCAGGGUAAAAAACUUCAUUUCGUGAAGGACUCCUUUCUCGGUCGCUCGCCGCAAAAUAUCAUCCGAGUAACAAGUGCCAACCAAGCCCGUCUGUUGCUUUUUCCUAGUGACUUAUCACAGGGCGAGAGAGAUGUCCCUAUUAUCAUCGACGAGGGCAUCACCGUUGUUGUGGAGGACACCCUAUUGAUUCUGUACGAUAUUGUCGAUUUCAAAGCUGGCGCGAAUGUAGUGCAAAACUAUGCUACGUUGGGUCCACGCUCCCUCUUUAUUGUUCCUGAGGAACUUGUUCUGAUUUUUAGCCCAGACAUCUCUCAAAAAAAGACUCUACCCUUACCUUCGGUAACAUCCCUUAACGAUGAGGUCGGCACGCGGUUUGACUUGAAUGUGCUUCUAAAUCUGAGGCUUCAGAUGUGCUCUCUUCAUCAGAACAUCUCCGUUGAUGCAAAAAUUUCUGCUCAAUAUUUCGUUGAAAAGAAAAUGCACCGUGAUGAGGCUAAUGGCGAAGCGGCCGUUGUGAAUGAAUGUGGCGAAGUCACUCUGCAUAGUUUCUCAAUGGCAUGUGAGGGUAGACGCAUAGACACCGAUCCCAUACACUUUACACUCCGCGUGCAGCACCACCGAUCUUUGGAGAGUGACGCUAAACUCGGUUUCACCGCGAUCCAUGGAAUUUUGUCUCCUGUUAAAAUCUUAGCCACCAUGGACAAUCUCAGACUCAUUACUACUAUUUUAAGCCUUCUUUCAGAAGGACACAUACACAUCAAGGCUGCGAUGGGCUUGGAGACUGACAGUUGGGUCGGUGUGUCGGGUGCCUCACCGGUUAAUAGGAGAGGAAAAGAUGCCAGCGGAAGGGAAGUGAACCAUGAAACUUCUAUUCAAGUAGGUUUGACAAUUCCAUCCGUUGAGCUUGUGUUGUUAAAUAAUUUUUCCAAGCCAUUGCUGAUGUGCAAUCUGUGUGCCUUGGCUUGUCAAGCUUCCGGGAGUCGUGACAUGUCUUCAGUUUCCUGUCGUUGUACUGGCGUCUUAACUCUGAUAGAUUAUCCUGCGAUGGGGUUGCCUCCUCGUCUCUUGCUUCGUUUGUCACCGGAAAUUACGGUGGAUUACGUACGCUAUGAUAACAAUGGGGUCUCCCUUUCAGGAUGUUUGUCUUUACCAGAAAUCUUUUUGACAAUUCCCGUGAUAACCUUACUGAGGCUUGUGGAAGUGCAGAAGACACUGCAAGACCAGUGCAUGGAGCCAAACGCAUUUUUCUUUAGGAAUGAACUUGGUGUGCCACUUAUCCUGAUGCCAGCAGAGACUUCUGGGCUUGCGUUCCCAUCUCAAACAGCAUCCAUACAGACUCAAAAUAUUCCUGUAGGUUCUUGUGUAAAAAUAAGCUUACUUGACUAUAAUCAAACGAACUUCCGUGUUCUGGUAGCCGAUGAAAAGAGACAUGACCAGCUGGGGUUUGCUUUGGGGUUUGAGGAUACGAUAGUUGAUAUUUCUACCCUUGAACACGGCUCCACUCACCGCUUUCCAAUUCAUGAAUUAUCCAUUGGUACUAUGGACGCUGUGUUUCGCCUCGAUGAGGCUACACGGUUGGUUCGUAUAACAACCUCAGUGAGUAUUCGAAACAAUAUGACCUCCAGAGCCGUUACUUUACCUUGUAAUGGACAAGCCAAACCGCUGCUGUUACUACCUAUGCAAUCUAGUCCUGUCGAACUAGAGGUACUGACGUAUGGUUUCAUGAUACAGGUGGAUGAAUACAUGUUGCCCAGUUUGAGUAACAGCACUUUUUUGCCAUUUAAGUCUAUUAUAGGCGCAUUUUUACUGUUGUUAAGCCUAUGGAAGGCAGGUGUAAAGGCGGACAAUACAUGUGAAAGAACUCCACAAGCUGACACUGAUAAACGGUUUCAACGAACGCAAAACCGCUUAUAUUGGGAUCGUGUGGCUCUUAUAGAUUCCGACACAUUGAUUCUUCCUGUCACACUAAACAGGAAUCUAUCACAAGAAGGGCAGGACACAAAGCCUCAACAAUCCAACGGUUCCUUUCAAUUAAUAGUCAAUCUGGUAUUCAAAAGGAAACUUGCACGCGAAACCAUUAGUCGCACCUUAAGGCUUCUCCCUAAGAGCGAGGUAGAAGUCAUAGUUGAGCCAGUAGUUUCGAUGCUUAAUUGCACAGGAAAUCUUCUGGGUGUAGAAUUGUUUGUGUUAUCUCUAGGUGGUGAGGAUGCCGCAACAUCUCUGAGUUCCACAGAUUUCUUCAGAAGUGUGGCGCGAUCAAAUCUACUGACGCCUGGUGAGCGAUUUGAAUGGUAUCCGAAUUCUCCAGAGAUGUUGGUGCAUUCACCAUUUGCGAAGCUUGAGCUUUACACUUGUGGAGAUGAACCACAGUGCAUUAUGCGCUCCAUUGACUACUUCAACUUAUCUUUUAAUGUAGAGUGUUUCUCAAGAAUGCAAUCUGCUGAGUGCCUGAAAAUAAGCUGUGGUGCAUUGACUGUGCAAAAACUUUCAGAGACAUUACUUGUCGUCAAAGAGCUUGCGUUGCUUGUCAACCAUCUCCCGGUUCCUAUUCGUCCAUUUGAUGAUUCUUUGAAUUCCUUGAUGUUUGGUGGAAAAUCACAGAAUCAGGCGCUCGGGGGUAUGUUGUUGCCAGGUCAGCAAUGUCCUCUUCUUUUCCAUUGUGACGCAGACGGCAACCCACCGACAAAGCGAGAGUUCUUCAAGCCCCUUCGCGCACGCAUCGCAGUUGGCAGCCCCAGUGCUAAGCCAUCACAACCCUUUGUGUGUCCUUCUAUUUCUGUGCCUGUAUUUCUCAGUUCUGAGGAUAAUGGUUGUGAGUGGAUCUUUAUGGCAUCCAAUGAAGACGCAAAAGUAGAAGUUAUGAUGCUCGAAUCCCCUGAAAAAGUCCCAUUGUUGCUCCCCCUGAUCAUCUUAAGGUCGGCUUGGACUCUGCACAACACCCACGCAUCACUAGGACUACGCCUUCGUUUUGUGGGCUUACAUUGCAAUGAGGAUGUGUUGGUGCAACCGCUGCAAGGACUGGAAUUAUGCCGCUUUGGGUUAGGCAGCUAUGGGAACCCUGAGGUACACUUUCGGUUCGAGACGCUUUCGGUAUCCGACAGGGAAGAAAGGCAAGGUGUUGAUACAAGUUUCUUAUUUGAGUGGUCCGAUUCCUUAAAACUAGCAAGUCUUGCCGAAAGUAUGCUUCCAAUCACAGUGAAGCAUCGUCUUUGUGUACCUGAUAGUUAUGGGUCCGAUAUCAAAACCAAGAAAGCUACUAGCGAUUCAAGUGCCAAAGUGCAGUCUUACGCAGAAAGGCUUUUUAGGCAUCACAAUGUUUAUCUCUUUACUAAUACCUGUACCCCAAAGUACUAUAAAGAAGAACCUGAGGAUGAAGUCUUCACGUGUUUCACAUUGACACCACGUAUACAAGGGCAGCAGUGCACUUUUGAUGUCUCGUUGGGAAACAAACCACCCUUGGUGAUUGAGAACCGCACUUCCUACACGAUUCAGUUCAAUCAAAAGACAUGUUCUAAAGCUUCAGCAGAUUACUACGACGUGUUCACCCCUUCUUCUUCGUCGCAGUCAGCAUUGGGGUAUAUUAUUCGGCCGUACACAGACGUUGCCACCUGCUUGGAAGUAGCUUCCCUAUCCUCACCCGUUCUGCAUCUUAUCAUUAACACACAACAUGCUAAGGGCCGGGAAUUCGAGUGCACAGUUAAUUUGGGAAAGGCGGUAGCCACAAAAGGAGCGAUUAAAGUGGGAAGUAUCGCUUUUGUGUUUGUUACUCAAGAUUAUCAAAGCCGCUGCUUUUUUGUAACUAUAACAGAGAAUCGCAUGUUUGAAACCCAAUUACUAUUCCAACCCCACUUCGUAGCACAUGUAAAUAUGCUCGUUCAUCAUGCCUCCAUUUUUUUGGCGUCCACAUGCGUCCCUGAGAAAUCUGCUCAUCCUUCUAACACAGCAUUUGAUUUAUUGCUUAAGCAGUGGGACGCUGAUUCGAACUAUUCGGUUACAACCGAAUUCACUGAUGCAGAAAAACUCAAUAUUCUGAAAGUUGUCGAACUCAAUUUUACACAGGUAUGCAUCACAUCCCUCUUGAUUGAGGUCUCCUGGAAUGAGCGGCAUGCCCUUGCAGGGUUGCAUAUUAACGAGUUGAGUGUCAUGGACUGUACGUCGCUGUCGCCUACAUUUCCAACCGUGUUACAUCUAGGUGUCAAAAAGGGAGGGGUGCUACAAACAAAAGGACCUUUAGAAAACCAGUCCUCAUGUUUUUCAUUGAAACUGCAUCUUUUGCGAGCCGGGCGGCUUUUUUCACGAACAGGUAAUCCAUUGGGCCUCGAGAAACCAUCUAUGUGUAGUAUCUCAACAAAUCCAACUCGUACAAGGAAUGCUGUUGGAUCUGAAACACAAGUAUUAGGUAAACUUUCAGGAGGGCAUCAAAGCAGCGAAAUCCGAACCGAGCCGACUACUAUAUUCAUCGAAGAACUGCAUCUUACUUGUCCUAUGGUUCAAGUUUGUUUGCAGGACGACUUUCUUUAUGUGGUUCGGCAAGCUGUAGAGAGUGUAAUGAAAGUGUAUAGGCUGAGUCAGUCAUCGCUUUCGCCGGACAAUCAAUCCGUUCAUCUUUUACCUUCAACAUAUCAAUCAAAAAAUCCCACUCCAUACCAAUGCGUAUUGUGGAAAGAUAAUAUUAUUAAGGAUAAAACCCUUGCUAAGCAUGCAAUGGUGGUGUACGAAUUUUAUAUUGCUAGGAUAUUAGUCUCCAUCACAACACUACGUGUUUCUCUGAAACGGAGAACCAGAAGCAGUUUUAGUCCAUACGAAGGCCUCAUAGAUUUUCCCGUUCCCUCUAUCGAGAAAGCUCUGUUUACUAUUGGUGGAUUCUGUUUCCAAAAUAUCAGUCAUCUCAGCUGCUCUCCAUGGUUUGUGCUAUUUCCUAUAUUGUGGCCAUCAUACCGCCUACAGUUUAUCCUUCAAUUCUAUAAGGUGAUUGGAGCCUUGGAGGUAUUGAGUAAUCCAAUUGCGGUUAUGAAUGCCUGGGGUCGGGGCGUGCGAUCCCUACUAAAGGAAGGUCCUCACCAUGAUUUUUCCUCUGAAAGGGAAGAGUUUUUACAAGAAACGCCCUCUUCGACUCUGGAUUCGAUUGGCUUAUCGCGGACUGGUGGCCAAAAUUUUGCUGCACUUUCCCUCGACAAACACGGGAUGAGAAAACAACACGACUUCGGAGGAUCAACGGAUCCCGCGGUACUUCCUACAGGGGUUUGUGAUUCGUCGGGAGCCUCACAGAGUAUUCUCAGGCGAAAUGAACGGGUUCCACACGGACUUUCAUCUAGUGUGCGUCUUUACAGUAUGACUGGUUUAUUAAAAGAAGUGACGUCAGGUAUGGUAAGUCUGGGUAGCCGUCCAAUAACUAAGCUUUUUCAUGGAAUCGGUAGUGCAGCUGACCUUCAUGCUCGCCAACGCGCUCCUGAAAGAUUUGGGUUGACUCCGAAAGUUCUUCCCGUCUCAACAACUGGUAGUGCACGUCGGCAGAACCUACUACCAAUGCAAAGUUUUCAUGUUGCAGACCACUUGUUGACUGAAAUACCCAUCCGCUCGGAUAGCUUGGAGAUUUGCCGGUCACUUCUGUCGGAACGUAAAGACCGUAGUUUGUUUUUACGAGACUCCAUCCGAACUCAUGAAUUUAUUUCCGUUGUCUUCUAUAAUCAAAUAGUUGAAAAGGCCACGAAUAGGCUUGAUAAAAAACAUUCACCAUAUGAACUGUCCCGCGCGAUUAUUGAAGAGGUGGGGCCACACAACUAUGCCUUACAUGCUUCAUAUCAUGAGUUUCUCCGCUAUGCCACACCAGAGGAAUUUUAUCAUUGGAUAGAUGUGGCAUUGGAUGCGCAUUUGGCUUAUGAGCUUAAUCGCUUACUGAAUGGCAUGAACUCAAAGCCAGAGCUGUCAGAUUUUGACAAUAAAAAUAUUUGCACAAACAUGAAGAAUAAAGAGGACAUAAUUCAAAUCGAAAAGCUGCAAAAUAUCAAAACGUUCAUGGGUGUAUCAAGCCUGCUAAAGUACGCCACUGUGGAUGAGUUUGUGAAACUCUGCACUUUGGAUGAAAUUAAGGUUAAUGUAAGUAUGAAUGACUUACAAAAUAAAUUCGCCAUGCCUUUACUUGAACACAGGUGUGAAAUUUUCAAAUGUUUCUUAAGGCUUGAAAAUAAAUAA